AACUUUUGCUCAACUGUCAAAGGGAUCGGUAAACAUUUCGUACUCCCCCCAGAGUAACAAAACAACCCAGUGGAACAGACUUCAAAAAAAUACCAUACAAUUUGCCAAAUUUCCAGACCACAAUGUUCGAAAUGCAGUAUAUCACCUCUCGAGUCCACAGAUUUUUGCAUAGGUUCUUUUACCUGCGCCACGACUACGACGACGAAUACUCGAUCUGGAACUUUUGCCCUACGACCAUUUGGAGGGAGUUCACAGCCAUGCUCCAAUCCUCCUGCUUCUGCCGCACCGCCUUGUUCCCCAUGGUCUACUGGCUGGUGGUGUUCAUCAGCCUCUAUGGCGCCGUGAUCAAUUGCUACGAGGUGCUGCAAAUGUGGAGGGACCCCUGUGGCAAGUUCACCGUGUGGCGGCAGCGGCACUUCUACGUAAUGGAUCAAAUGGUGCUGCGCAAGGUGCGACUCCUGAGCUCCAGCAUCUACCAGGUCGCUUGGUUCAUGCUCAUCUACGGCAUUGUAAUGGUGUCCCCCAACUCAAUGGCUCCCUGGAUCCUGGUGACCAGUGCGGUCCUGUCCGUCGAGGUGUUCAUUUGGUUCUUCGAGGUGAUCACCGGCAUCCUGGCGAUCAACCCGCAGACGCUGCUGUCACUCUUUUUGCACGUGUACUUCCUGGGGAUGGUGUGCUGUGUGAAAAGCGUGUUCGAGGUGGCGCUCGCGGAGCAGGCCGAGUACUCGCUGCGGAUCAUUUGAUCAGGACGGGUCGCCGCCGAAUGUCAUCAUUAAGUAAAGGUGCAGGGCCGGCAUAAUUGCAUCUGAACCUGCAUUAAGCCCAAUUAAGUUAGCGGCGGCACGCACACCAACUCGCCCCUAAUCAGUGUUCGAGAUGCCCCCUUCGUUGCCAUUGCCUCUGCAAAUACUCUUUCCUUCUCUCUGAAAACGAAAUCUUUAAGCUUUGUCUCAUAUGACUUUGUAAAUGUUUCAUAGCUUUUUCUAUUCAAAAGUCCUAAUUGGAACUCGAUCAACUGUGUAAAUUAAUAAAGUGUAUUAUUUUUUGAAUUGACAUCUAA